UAAAAAUGUGCAAACUAUUUGAAAUGAAACAAAUCUAUUCAGAGUAAACAACUGACUCCAAAUAAAAGUACAAGGAGAAAAGUAGAAGAAUUGGGAAUGACAGGAACUCGGAACUCCCGCCAAUAUUAAAGACCUGCUAUAGCCGGUAGCUGCAGAAAAAGCCAGUCAUGCAGUAUAAAAAAAGCAUCCCCAAAGUGAAGAGCUACUUCGUUCAUUCCCCAUGUUGUUCUAGUUGCUGUUUUUUUUUUUUACUUAUGGCGAUGAAAAGAUCUUUGUGUCUCCGUCGGAGUUUCUAAAUUCGAAGCUUUACUUCUUCACACAAUCCGCCGCCGCCGAGGGUCGUUGUCAGUAAUUACAACUUUGAUUAGCUAUACAAAAAAUGAGUGCGGUGAACAUAACGAAUGUGACGGUAUUAGACAAUCCGGCGUCGUUUUUGUCGUCGUUCCAGUUUGAAAUUUCUUACGAGUGCCUCGCUCCUCUCCAAGACGAUUUGGAAUGGAAGCUCAUCUAUGUUGGAUCAGCUGAGGAUGAAACAUAUGACCAACUUCUAGAAAGCGUUUUUGUUGGCCCUGUAAAUGUUGGAAAUUAUCGCUUUGUCUUGCAGGCGGACCCUCCAGAUCCGUCAAAAAUUCGUGAAGAAGACAUUAUUGGUGUUACUGUCCUCUUGUUGACCUGCUCAUAUUUGGGGCAGGAAUUUGUUCGAGUUGGCUACUAUGUGAACAACGAUUAUGAUGAUGAGCAGCUGAGGGAAGAGCCUCCACAGAAAGUCUUAAUUGAUAGGGUUCAAAGAAAUAUAUUAACGGACAAACCUAGAGUAACAAAGUUCCCUAUUAACUUUCGCCCUGAAAAUAGUGAAAGAGAGGAGCAAGCCCCUCUACCUGAUCAUGUGGGUGAAGAAGAGGACCAAAACGAAGGGCAAUUACCUUUGCCUAAGAGUAAAUCAGAUGAAGAUGGAGCCUAAUAUGAAGAUUUUAGCUCUGUCUAAUCCCCUCUGUUUUGGUUUGACAAUAUUUUGUCUUGUAAGAUAUCUCGUCCUGGUUCUCGUGGAUGACUAAUCAUCAAAACCUGUGCUUUUUUUUUUUUUUUUUCUUGUGAUAUAUGUAUCAAGUCCAGUCUCAUUUUGAAGCAGUUAACUAGGCUUAAUUUUGGGGGUUUAGAAGAAACUGUAUGUGGACUAGAUGCCAAUUCUGGCUUUGUAUUUUGGUCCUAAAUGUUUAUAUGCAGACUCUGACCUUAUGGUACUGA